AUGUCCGUGGCAUCAGACGCAUACUUUGCUGGCCAAAUGCAGCCAAACUCUCAACAAUAUGUUUGGGCGAACCGCCCCUAUCAGCCAAUACAGCCACCGGCAGGCCACAUGAGUCCGCCAUUUCAACAGCCACAGUACUCAUCCGGAUUCCCGGUGGGCUACGCGGGCCAGGCCCCAAUGGCUGGAUAUCACGCCGAUUCGGCACCCUCUUCUUAUAUGGCUGGAGCGCCUGAUAGCACUCGCCAGCCUCAUACACGCAGUCCUUCAAUGGCUCGCUCAUUUCCUCCUCACACCGCGGCCCUUCACGAACAGCCACUUAUGACUACCUCAUCCCCUUAUAUGAUAAACCAAUCCGCCUAUUAUCUUCCCGAAGCGCCUCCAAUUCCCUCCUCGCAUCAUUCUUCUAUGAGUUCUCCUGCGUCUUCCUUGGUUCCCGAGCCAGUUUUCCAAGCCGACUCGGUGCCCGCAUCAGAUGACCACCAGGUCCGUGUUCUAAGUUCCCGACCUCGACCGCAAUGCUGGGACCACGGCUGCAAUGGCCGUGAAUUUUCCACUUUCAGCAACCUGUUACGGCAUCAGCGUGAGAAGUCUGGAGUAGUCGCCAAGGCCGAAUGUCCUAUCUGCGGCGCUGUAUUCACCCGCACCACAGCACGGAACAUCCACGUGGCACAGGGCAAAUGCAAGGGAUCCGGACGUGAAGGGUCAGAGGAGUAG